GCCGGCGGGUAGGAGAGGACCCGGAGCUGCUGCAGACGGAUACACCGCACAGAGCGGCUGCGGAGCCCACGGCAGGUGUAGAAGCUUUGACAGCGCAGCGAUGGUAAUUGACGGAAUCGGGUUGAGGAGUGCAGUCUCGUAGCUUAGUGAUUAGAACGCUCGCCUCCCGAGCGAGAGGACUCGGGCGGGGGGCGAGACCUUAGAUUCAUAGGAUGGCCACAACUGAAACGAUGCUACCUGAGAAUAAAGGGGAAGGAAAACCAUCCCGAAGCGAUAUUCAGUAUCCAUUGAAAGUACUCUACUGUGGAAUUUGCUCAUUACCCACAGAGUAUUGUGAAUACAUGCCCCAGUACACCAAGUGCAGACAGUGGCUGGAGAAGAACUGUCCUGAGGAGUUUGCAAAGCUUAGUAUAGCAGAUCAAUGCCUACAGCAGGACGCGGGGGGCGGGGACACGCCCGCGGGAGAGGAAAAAGAAAAGAAGAAACAAACGAGAGGCGGCAGAGGUGUGAUUAGAAACAAGAAAAAGACGGUGCCCCAGAAAGUCACGAUAGCCAAAAUUCCACGAGCCAAAAAGAAAUACGUGACCAGAGUGUGCGGCCUGGCAACAUUCGAGAUCGAGUUAAAAGAAGCACAGAGGUUCUUUGCUCAGAAAUUCUCGUGCGGGGCUUCGGUUACGGGGGAAGAUGAAAUCACGAUUCAGGGCGACGUGACGGACGAUAUUAUGGAUGUUAUUCAAGAGAAAUGGCCUGAGGUGGAUGACGAGUCCAUUGAAGAUCUUGGCGAAGUGAAGAAGUGAGGUGACAGACAGACAGCGCUUUAUCAUUCUGGUCAGCGGGCAAAAUCAAUUCGGCUAAAAGAUCAAACACAAUCAAGCUUUUUAUUAAAGACAUCCCCUUCCUCCUCCUCCUCUCCACAAAUGGCCUCAGUGGAUUUGAGGCACUUACUUAUUGUUUGGUUGCCAAAGCCCCUGUGGGAUUCCUGGAUCACAUUGAAGAAUGUUGUGUGCACUAAGUCCUUGGUUUAAUAAAAGUCUCAGUUUGGAUUUCA